AUGCCAGAGUGCUUCAAGUGCAAGGAUGAUGCAAGCAUCGGAAGGGUUGCGAUCAGAGAUGGGAAGAAGUGGCUGUGGGUGUGGGAUUCGCUUUAUCAGUGGGAGGAUUUUUCCGCAAGCUGGAUAGCUCUGGGUCAAGACAUAUGGAGUCGGCCAGAUUCGAAGGUCGACGCUUCUUCCGUUUAUUGCCUCAAAUGUUGGAAGGACUGGGGGCAGCAUGUGCAGGAAGGUUGCGCCCGCGCCCUGAGCAAGUCUUGCGAAGCACUGGCCAUCCAAGCGCGCAUUCAGUUAUCAGAUCCAACCUCAGCCAACCCUUUUUAUUGUCCACACUGCGUGUGCUAUUUUAACCAUGGGCAGUCAUCCCUUGAGAAGCAUUUGCUGUCCUCGCCGAGCCAUCAAGCGCAUCGCCUGGCUCGAAAGAGAAAGAUGCUGCUUCCAAACAAGGAGUUCACAGCACCGAUACUCGACGUCUCUGGCUGCAGCACGCAGACUAUUUCUGACCUCAUCAAAGGAAGAUAUACUGCAAAGCACUGGCAUCAUGGCAAGCCACUGUACGUAAAGGAUGGUCCGCAACGUGCGGUGAUCCACUUCUGGGAUGACCGCGAUGGGCCACGGUAUCAUGGCUGGUGGUUGUGCCCCAGAGUAGGAGAUGUGGUGGCCUGGGCCUACAGCUCCUCCAACCUUAGUCCGGGUGAGUUGACCGUGCCGUCAUCUGGAUGGAUGGUCCAGAUGGGAAACCCGAACGGAUGCCAGAGCAUGUCCCAAGACAUGGCCCUGAGCAUCGCGGUGGGUCAGGCGACUGAUGCAUGCAACGACUCUCAAGUCGAGCUUCGAUGGGAGUUCUUGGCAGGCGGUGAUGGAGAGAAGGAAGAUUGGAAGCCAAUGGGCAAGGACAUGAACGAUGCGCUUGAGAAGCGUUGGGCUGAAGGAUGGGACGAGGCCGAUGCUUCGGACAUCUUCUACGUCCAGGCAAACGGGUUCUGCUAUGGCGUCGAUUGCACCUGCAUGUUGCAGUGGAAUACGAAGACCCAGCGCCGGCGGGAGAUCAGAAGGGGCGGGAUCAGACCGGACAUAUCCAAGCUAACAGAGAAGGCUACGCAAGUGGAACAGCUUCUGACUGAGAAGCAGGAGCUCUUGGACAAGAACGCAUCGCUGAUGGCCGAGGUAGCAAGGCUAGAGCAAGAGAACAAAGCCUUGGAGCGUUCACAGACCGACCAUGCCACGCAGAUGAUGUUACAGGAAGCCUGGCGAGUGAGUCGCCAGCAGUUCCAGAUUUGCAUUGAGCUCAACCCCUGGGAUGCAUCUUUCUCUAAGAUCCACAAAGCUUUGCUUGAAGCCUGCCCUUCGGAUCACCGUGGGAACUGCAUGCGCAUGAAGCAUUUCAGCAUCACCGGCCUGCAGCAGAUUUGCAACACCAACAUCUGGAAGGAUUAUGAGUUUCGGAAGGAGCAGGUGCGAAAAGAGCUAGAUGCUCGUCCAGACGUUCCUGCUGUGACCAGCGCCCUCCCGUGGCAGGUGUGCAGUUGGGCGCACUUGGAUGCAAAAAUCAACGAGGUGCUAGUCAUCCAUGGCACCACAUCCGACAAGACAACCCAAAUUGCAAAUUUUGGCUUCGACGAGCGCCUGGCACGUGAAAGUGGGCUCUAUGGCCAGGGAAUUUACUUUACAGAUCAGAGCUGCAAGAGUCUCCAGUACUCAGGGGUUCAGACAUGGCAAAACCAAAGCAGUGGUUGCUUCAUCAUUGCGCGAGUGAUACUUGGGCGCCCGAUGUAUGCCCAAGGGCCUUUGAAGUACCUGAAGGUGGAGCCCCUGGUUGACUUAGCCGACCCCUCGAAAGGCCGCUUCCAUUCCGUCGUUGCUCAGCCAGGCACGCCGACUUAUAGUUGGCCACAAGUACAUCGAGAAAUCAUCAUCUUCAACGGGGCUCAGGCUUAUCCGGAGAUGAUUGUUCAUUUCAAGAUUUCAUAG